ACUUAUGAUUAUCUUAUCCUCCGCCGAAAACUCCCGAAUAUAGCCUUACAGUUUCCGACGUCAGCCGAGAAUAACGGAUGCAAAACGCAGACAGGAGACACUGUUUCCAAUUCACCAUUACAAACAGCCAUUUCUUUUUGAUGAUUUUUCCCCCAGUUUUUCCUUAUGUAUUAAGAACAACCACGCUGGAUUCUAAACUUGUAUGCAAUAUAUCUGCACUUAUCCCACACCGAGGCGAUAAUUUUUUAUUUUUUUUUGCAAAACACAAAAACCAAGCGCAGGCUAUUUAAAUAUAGGGCGCCUACAGGCACUGUGUACAUAUCUUCACAUAGGAUGAGUGUACUGCAUGUUCAAGACAAAUACAACUGGAUACGCUUGAAGAUGUAACCACCAUUAAAGGGGAUGACCGUCUCAUGAUUUUGAAAACGAAUGUCAUCGAUUUUUAUUAAUAGCCACUUAAACUGGCCUGGAACUGAAUUCGCCGCCUUUGUCUCGACGAGAAGCACAAAAUCAGGUUCUAGGACAAGGAGGCGAAGUGAAAGCUGUUAACGGGGUCUGUGAACAAUGGGCCAGUGCGGAAUGGGGUUCCACGGUCUCCUGUGAGUACCAGACGAGAGGCAGCCACGAGGACGGACGAGGGGGCAGCCAGAGGAGGGGGAGGGGGAGGGGCAGGAGGAGCAGUGGCCAGCAGGGGACAGACAGGAGUGUCUAAGAAGUACGAGGGAUGGCCAAUGGGAAUGAGAGCAGCGAAGGGCCCAGCAUCCCCCUGGCGGCAGCUGUGGCAGCAGGAGGAGUGGCAGGUGGAAGCUCCUCAUCACCCGUGUCCACCUACGCAAAGCUGGUGCUGCUGGGCCUGAUCAUCUGCAUCAGCCUGGUGGGAAACCUGGUGGUCUCCCUGCUCGUCCUGCGUGACAGAGCCUUGCACAAGGCGCCCUACUACUUCCUGCUAGACCUCUGCCUGGCAGACACCAUCCGCUCAGCCGUCUGCUUCCCCUUCGUCCUGGUGUCCAUCAAGAACGGCUCCGCCUGGACCUACAGCGUGCUGAGCUGCAAGGUGGUGGCCUUCAUGGCCGUGCUCUUCUGCUUCCACGCCGCCUUCAUGCUCUUCUGCAUCAGCGUCACGCGCUAUAUGGCCAUCGCGCACCACCGCUUCUAUUCCAAGCGCAUGACCUUCUGGACCUGCGUGGCCGUGGUCUGCAUGGUGUGGACCCUGUCCGUCGCCAUGGCGUUUCCGCCCGUCUUUGACGUGGGCACCUACAAGUUCAUCCGAGAAGAGGACCAGUGUAUCUUCGAGCACCGCUACUUCAAAGCCAAUGACACGCUGGGCUUCAUGCUGAUGCUGGCCGUGCUAAUCCUGGCCACCCACGUAGUCUACAUGAAGCUCCUCCUCUUCGAGUACAAGCACCGCAAGAUGAAGCCCAUUCAGAUGGUGCCAGCCAUCAGCCAGAACUGGACCUUUCAUGGGCCAGGCGCCACUGGCCAGGCAGCAGCAAACUGGAUAGCUGGAUUUGGCCGCGGCCCCAUGCCGCCAACUCUGCUGGGCAUCCGGCAAAACCUGCACAACCAGAACCGGCGCCUGUUGGGCAUGGAGGAGUUCAAGGCGGAAAAGCGGCUGGGCAGGAUGUUCUAUGUGAUCACUCUGUUCUUCUUGGUGCUCUGGUCCCCUUACAUAGUGGCCUGCUACUGGCGUGUCUUUGUGAAAGCCUGCACCAUUCCUCACCGGUACCUCUCCACCACUGUCUGGAUGAGCUUUGCCCAGGCCGGGGUCAAUCCCAUCAUCUGCUUCUUCCUGAACAAGGACCUGAAAAAGGGGCUGCUGGCUCACCUGCCUCCCUGCUGUAGGACUACACCUCAGCUGCCCCGUGAGCCUUAUUGUGUCAUGUGAAAGGAGAGGGAGGGGGAGGGGCUGACAGCAGGGCAGGCAGCAAAGGCACGAACAGCCUGAGGGACCACAUGAGUUUGUUGUGGCCUUUGAUUCAGUGCAAGAUGCAUUAAAGGUUGGGUGUAGAGAGAAGAAAGCAGAGGAUUUCUACUAUAUUUUAAUUUCUCUCUAUUAGAGGAGAAGUUUUCUUAUGUCCAGUUCUAAAAGGAACACAUCCAGUUUUAAAAUGCAUACAAGAAGUCCAAUUUGAGGAUUAUGUCAGGCCAGAGGUGUCACACAAGGACAACAACUGCAAAGCUGUUAUUGUCUUGGAGGUAACUGUUAUUGCUACAUUAAUUAUGCUUUUGCAGGUUUAACAAGCAGGUCAUCCAGCAGAAAUGCCUUUACAGGUAUUCUAAAGAUGUUUGGUCUCAACAAAGACUGCUUUAUAUAAUAAUCUAAGACAUAUUCCAAACACUCAAUACUUCUGGAGAACUACUUAGUUCAGGAACCAAAUUUAAUGCAUGUAUAUAAUCUAAGCUUUGAUGUGAAAUGAAUGUAAAAUUUAUGGAAAAGUUAAAAAUUAGACUUAUUCCGAUCCCAGGGGGUAAUUUUCUCUCCAAGACACAGUGCACCUUUGGCAGAGUUGGGCCUCAAUCUGGGCCUGCUGAAAUGCUGAGCGAGAUUUCAGUCCAGCCGGUAUCCCAAUUCUCAAGCAGACACAGGUACUGAUUGGCUGCCUGAGCUGUUUCCUCUGCUCUCUCACAGACAAAGUCACAUGAUUCACGCUGGACAUCCACAGUGAUGGUGCAGCCUCAGUUUUCCUCAUCUGCGUGAAUCAAAGGCAGCACUAACACGGUCAAGGUGAAAUAUAUUUAUGUAUAUUUCCAAGUUUCUGUAAAUUAUAGCAUAUUCGGGUAUUCUAUUGCCUUGCCUGGCUUUAAGGUCCUCUUUGAUUAUGAUAAAUUAUUAUUAUUGAUGUGUUUAUUUAUCUUAAACUUAUUUAUAGGUUGGUUUGACAAACGUAAAGGUACUUAAGUCCUUUGUUGCACAUUCUGACCUUUUCAUGUCCUUUAAAAGCUGUAUUCCAAUAAGAAGUACACUGGAUUAAAUGGUAAAUUCAUGAGAGUGAAACAUGAGAAUACUGUGCAAAUACAUUGGACACUGUACACAAGGGCUUUUACAGCACACGAAUAAUUUAGCAGAAGACCUGAAUUGUUCUGUUCAGAUUUUUCAGACAAAUGAGGGAGGAACAUAUGUUGAGAAAUGGAUUUAAAGAUGGAAUUUAAAGACUGGUUACCUGGCAAUAGAAAUGAGCGGAAACCUAAAUCCUUGCGAUAAGACACAUAAUAAUCACAAACUUGUUGAAAGUAAAGAAAAAGGAAUUUUAUAUUAAAACAAAAAAGCUGAGCCAUAUUAAUGACAGCUCAGUCUCUGUUUUUGGUAUGACCUAACCAAUGCUUUCAAUUCAUGAAAUAUGGUACAACACAUUAGUACAGAGGCGUCAUCUUCACAACUGAUGUUCCUGCCUCAGCCGUAAUCAAAGGAGGGGCUUAUUGUUCUAUUUCAAUGAACUGCAAUUGUCAAACAACAGGAGAAAAAAAAGUGAGGGCAAAAAUAAAAAAAGGCUCUAGUGAAUCAGUUCACACAAUUUGUUGUGUUACUUAUCGCCUAACUGUUUCGUUGCUUUAGUCAGCGUUGCAGACUAAAUGAAAGGUGUGACAUACAGCAGUGAAAGAAUGAUGACUUAUAAUGUAAAUCAGCCACGAGGGACAAAAGUAGCUCAUUUCUAGCCUGGUAACUUUCUUUGUGACUUUCUGACAAAAGGUCAUGAUGGAUGACAGAUUAGGACAUAUGACACAAAAGGGCCACGGCACCUGGAAGCAGGCCAUAGUGAACAGUGCAGGUUCGAAAGGCGAUGAGCACUCAGACACAGGCAUUAAAAACGUAAUUACAUCCAUCCACCUUCUAACCUACUGUCAGUGUCACACGGCACACACAUGCAAAACUGAUAUAUGCAUUUAGUAGAGAACUAUUUCAGUCUGAAGGCUGGCACUGCUGUUAAGCAGUAAUGGGAUGCCAGGUCGAAAAUGUCAUUUACUAAAGAAGAACAAUUUUGAUACCGGACAUGGUCACCCUGUAAUGUCAGCAACUUGCAGGAGUGAUGGAACGUGAAACGUUUCAUAUUUUGAGUCAUUUCUGCUGGGAGGAGUUUUUUUUUAUAUAACAAUGAGUGAAAAAAGAACAGUCGUCUCUACUAAUCAAACAAUGAAUGGUGAAUUUUGGUAGAAAAGAAUACCAGUGUAUUUUAAAUACAUGAUUAGUUGAUUAUAUCAAACGAGAUAUAAAAAAACAUAAAAUACAUAUACUGGUAAAGGAAGUAGGGAGUAAUACCUAUUUACCUAAGAUAAUACCAGAUUAAUUUGUUUAUUUAUUUAUUGGCUAGAAUGAGAAAAUAAAAUAAACAAAACACAUGGUAACAGUUAAUGAUCCAAGACUGUUUGUAAUGGCCUUAUAUUGUGCAGUGUCAGAUGGGGUACAUAAUUAUACAGAUACAAUUUGUUUUUGUGUGCCUGUUUUUUCCCCUGAUAUCCAGAAAUGAUAAAAGAAAACCAGUGGAGAAAAUUGCCUAUUGGAGGAUGCAUCUUCUACCUUUGCUCAUACAGAGAGGAGUAACAACCCCCUCUAUCCACCAGGAAUUGAGUAAAAAAAAAACACACCGAAGAGGAGCUAAAAUACAAAAAAAACAUUUUGGCAAAUGCGACAAGUGGACAAUUUUGCACAUUGAGGAGAAGAGACCAGAAUAGGGAGCUGAUGCUCUUGAGGAUUUAACAACGGGAAAUGAUUCGUGUGGAUUUCUUGCAGAGACUUUUACUCAUUCUGGGGGGUUGUGUGGGUUUGGGAUGAGGAGAUGCGGAGUAGUAAUGAAGCGGAUCACAAAGUGGAUGGGGGGGUAGAGAACAGCUUUUUUUAUUGAUCAUAAAUGCCUGUUCUGACUUUUUGAGUUUCAUCAGGCAUACUAUCUUUUGUAAAUUAACUGUGACCGCUGUACUAUCCAAUGUGUAUAAUAUGGACAAUGGAGUAUCUUUUGGGGUGGGGUUCUUGGUCAGAUUUAUACCACGCAUGUCUGUGUGUAUGUGUGUGAUUGUGAGCGACAGAUGAUUGGCUAAGAGGGAGGGUCAUUCCACAUAUCUGAAAAGAAAAAUGGCCACAUACCCUAGAGCUUUGUUUUAAAAAUGUUGACUCCUGUUAAUGCUUUGCUCAGUCUCUCUUGGACUCUGUACAAAAGAUGUACAGAAGCAACGCUGUGCGUCAAGUCAUCUUAAGCUUGCUCUAACUGGACAGUAGUGUUUAAUCCCAAAUUAAAUCCAAUUUCAGAAUGCUGGAUUUCCAAAGAAUUUUGAAUUGAGACAUCCCAGUAUCCAUUAGCAGAUUAAUAAAUGGAUGAUAAACUAAAACCUAUAGCAAAUAAGAAUGAAUUGCUGCCCAAACAACAUCUAAGCUAUGGGUGACUAUGGGAAACUAAGAUAUCAGACUUGCUGUAUAGAUGGUUUUAAAUACAAGUAAGCCGAAACUAAGAACAUCAACUGAAGGUGGACUUUGCUGGUGUCUGCAUUAGUAGCAGUUAAAACUUGUGGGUGGUUGGUUUCAGCCCUUUUAUAUUUUACGAGUUUUCACUUUUCAACUCCACUAAAAUGUUGUUUUCUGUAAGAAGUCCCCAGUUGCCCAACACUGACAGUUUGUUACUUUUGUCACCACGAGUUUCCUAUUGAACUAGUAUAACGUUGGGUGACACCUUAAUCACUUUUUUUCCCCUCAGUAGAUCCGUGGUUGGCAGGGUAGUGUUUCUUUUAUGGGAAUUUCUCAUGGGAACCAAUUUUUUAAACACUCAGAGUUUGUGAAGUGAAAUAAAACAUUUUAACUGUGGAAAAAGGCCCUGGUAAGUAUAAACUGAUUUUCUAAAAAGUGACGAGAUGUUCAUUUUUUUUCCUUUUAUUUUUUGCAAGAAUUCUUAAUUCAUCAGACAUUCAAAGUUAAUCUAGAACCUAGAUUUAACCCAAGAUAGAAGAUACUAAAAUUUUUUUUUUUAGAUAUUUAAAAGGAAAAGUCAAUCACCCACCUAACAGAAGCUGUUACAAUUUAGGGUACAUUUUUUCCAUGAAAAGCUAUAUGCAAUUCCAAAGAAAAUGAUAUAGUGACAAUAUUAAUCUUGUGAUUACAGAUACUGAAAUAGCUAACCCUAUAUCUAUUCAUUAAUAUGCUUUUUAACCAAUCCACUGCUUCUGCCAUUCAUAAAAUAGUAUUUAGUUUUACAAUCAUAAUUAUGUUCUGAAAUGGUCUUCUGAAAGUGGAAAGUCAAAAAUCACACUACAUAAACAGCAUACAUGAUCUUCCAAAAACAGUAUUAAAUAAUGAAGAACAUCAGUAUUUUAGUCCUGCUUUGGUGUUAGAGCACUUGCUUUGUUCAGAAAUAGCAUAGCAUAGUUGAUUCUGCAACCUAUACAAAAUGUCAUUGAAAGGUGAAACAAAAACUGUAAAUAUCAAACCAUGAUUAAGAUACAUUGUGAGGUAAUAUUUAUCAUACGUAGUACCGGUUUAGAGAUUUAAGAACAACCCAUUUUGGAAUUCCGCUAAGAAACAAGGUCUGAACAUAAAUUCUGUAAGCACUACUGUCCUCUUGGCCCACUUACAGUAAUUAGUCAGGAGUAACAUUUUUCAUAAUCUCAAGUAUGUGGUAAACUAUAUAAAAAAAAGCUGAAGGUGGGGUAGACAGAUGAAUCAAAGAUUCCACGUUCUUUUCUGUACAUUUGAAGUGGGUUUUUUGCCAUCCUGCCAAUAAAAGUCUACUUUUGAUGCA